CAACCUCAAAGGUCAGGUUAGAAAUGGGGAAAAAAACACAGUACUGGUUACUGAAAACAGAGCCAGGAGAAUGGUCAUGGGAUGACCAAGAAGCAAACGGCGGCAUAUCAAAGUGGGAUGGAGUGAAAAACAAGCAAGCUCAGAAGUAUAUGAAGUCCAUGAACAUAGGAGACCUUUGUUUCUUCUACCAUUCCGGGUCCAAAGCCCGGCGCGUUGUGGGCGUUGUAUCAGUGGCGCGUGAGUGGUAUGCAGAUGAUGAUGACAGUGGCGGCGCAGUGGAUGUGAAGGCGGUUGGUGAGAUGAGGAGGGCUGUGGACCUGGCUGAGAUGAAGAAAGAUGAAGGAUUGAAGGGUUUUGGGCUUUUUAGACAGCCUAGAUUGUCGGUUGUACCGGUCGAGAAGGGUUUUUGGGAUAAGAUUUGUGAAAUUGGUGGGGGAUUUGAGGGCGAUGAGUAGUUUAGUCUACCAGGUGUUUGUGUUUUUGCUUGAAAGCUGCCCAUCUUUACUAUAUGGAUUUUUGGGGUGGUUAGGUUUUGGUAAAGGAGUAUUUCGACUUGGACUACAAAUAUAGCUUGUUGAUAAUGGCUUAUAUAUAUAUAUAUUCUCUGCUUAAAAUUUUUGAUCUGUUUGAAUAUUGAUUCCUAAAGUUUAGAGUCUUCUGUGUAGGAAAAAGUAAUGUACGAUCUUUGUCAAUUGUCAUCAGUAAUUUUGAGAAAUGGUGCAAACAACUAAAGAAUGGAA